GUAUGCGGUACUUGCCAAAGAUGCUUCGCCCGUUUAGAGCAUCUCAAGCGUCAUGAGAGAUCACAUACCAAGGAGAAGCCAUUCGAAUGUCCAGAAUGUGCGAGGUGCUUUGCCCGCCGGGACCUUUUACUGCGGCACCAGCAGAAACUCCAU